UGCGCACGCAUGCGCAUGUUUUUCUUUCUCCUCCACAACAACUUUCCCCAUGCACAUGUGAUAAUUGUCACGCAAUACUUGCUCUCCCUUUUCAAUACAUUACGCGAAUGUUGAAAAUAAUCGAGUAUUCUUUUUCAAUAAUCGUGUCAAUAAAUUUGAAAAUAAAGUGUCAUUUCAAACAAGUGCGAAGCAGACAAAUGUUGGACAUUAUGGUAAGAACAAGAUCAAUGUCAAAAGAAGUGGAUUCAUUUUCACUAACCAGUACCUGCUCGUCAAACUCAUCGCGAGAAAGGCCGAGUCCUAGCAAUUGUUUCAAGAGAAUUUUCCAACGCUCGAAAAAACAACCAUUGACAUUAUCGAUCGGACCAACUGAAAUCAACGAAAUUCAACAAAUUCCACCUGUGGAAGACCAACCAACACCAUCACAAAUGGAAGUCCUACUACCGCCAUCAUCACAAAGGGAACUACAACCACCCAGAACCGGAAUUACUAGCAGAGUCUUUGGAUUAAUCAGUUUCAUCUGUGGGAAAAUUCCAAUCAUACUUGGAUUGUUUGUCUUUAGAUUAAUCAGAUUUAUCUAUGGAAAAAUUCCAAUCACACUUGGAAUGUUUGGUGGCUGUUACGCACUGUAUCAGCUCUACGAAACGAUGGGAGAAAACGAAAACCAAAUGGAGAAAUUGGAGGUCGUCGUUCUACGUCGCUCAAAAUAUGAGCACUAAAGUGAUUGCUGCUACGAGUCGAGAAAACAUAAGUCACAAUAAUACAAACAAUAAAAUGUUUAAUUAAAUUGUUAGACCAAUGAAAAUAAAAAAAAUAAAACAGUGCAGUGAAAACAAGGAAAAAAAACUCUGUGUAUUUAACUCACUCGCUAUUUGACUGAUUACAUUAAAUGUUAUUCUCUCUCUCGCUCUAUAUCUGCCAAUGCAAAUUGUUUGUAUAUGUUUUUCGUAUUUGCCACCAACUUUUCUACACAGUGUGAGCAUUUCAACUGGUGCACAGAACCGAGUGAAUUCGCUCACAUUUUUUUGUUUCGUUUUCAAUGCGCUAUUGCUCAGCUCUCUAUCUGCCAAUGCAAAUUGUUUUGCAAUGAUAAAAAAACAAACAAUGUACAUUAAUUUUUUUUUUUAUUCAAUCUUUGAACCAGACAAUCAUAUUAAUUAAAUCAAGGCAUAGGGUUCCAUAUAUCGCUGGUGGUGGAUGUUGUUGCCGGUGUUUCUCGUUUCACUGUCGUGGUCGAUGUUUCCGUUUUCACUAUCGUUGUUGUCGAUGAUUCUGGUUUUACCAUCGAUGUAGAUGUCUCAAGUUUUGUUGUCGAUGGCACCACUGUUGUUUUCGAUUCUGAAUUCAAGGGCAUAGGAUUCCAUAUAUCGCUGGUGGUGGAUGUUGUUGCUGGUGUUUCUGGUUUCACUGUCGUGGUCGAUGUUUCCGUUUUCACUGUCGUUGUUGUCGAUGAUUCUGGUUUUACCGUCGAUGUAGAUGUUUCUGGUUUUGUUGUUGAUGGCACCACCGCUGUUUUCGCUUCUAUAUUCGCAAAAUAAAAACCAACAAAGAUACCGAAUAUCACCAAAAAAAUGAUUAACACAAAAUAUCCAAUCAAUUUUAAAACUCGGAGGAAUGAAAAAACAUCUCUUCCUCGAUCAUCGUGAUUUAUUUGUAUUCUCACGUUGUUAAGAUUGGGAAUGUUCAAAUUUAUUUUCGUCAUUUUCUGUUUAAAUGCCAAGAACGAAUGAAAAAAUAUUUUUAUCGCUAACGAAAGAAAAAACGUUUGCUUUUCCUUUGCAAAGAAACGCUUGCUUUUCUUUUCAAUGCUUACCAAAUUUUUAUGCUUUUCAUGCAUCUAUUGUUUUCCAGUCCGAUUUCCACUCCUGGAAUGCCCAAUAGACGCAUUUGGAAAUUUCUUUAGCAUCAUCCACACUAUUGAUUGUAUUGAAUUUACAAUCAUCGAUGCUAUUUAUAAUCACCAAUAUUUCACCGAAAUUCAAAUAUGUUUUUCGCACCUCAUUGAAUUUAGCAAACAUAGUUUUUACGAAUUCACUUCUUGAAUCUGCUUCGCGAAUUGGAAAACUACUUUCCAAUGCUUCCAUGAAAUCAUCCACUCUAAUAAAAUGAUUGUCAACUUUGUGUGAAGGAUCUUCAUAAUAACCUUCCAUUUCUGCGAAAAUCCCAAGAUAAAAAAACUCUCUAAAAAAUUUCAUUAUAACUUGCUCUUGCUCUGGUCAAAGUCAUAUGAAAACUGAAUUGCAUUUCUCAUGCUCAUUGCUAGCCAAUCUGGUCAAUCUAAGGUUCGAAAAAUCCCACAUUGGAAAUUAAUUUAAAUAUACACAGAACCAUUCAUAUCAAAUAUAAUAAAACACACCACAUGUGGUUAUCAAUAAGAAUAGGCAGGUCAAUAAUCUUUUUUAUUGCAUGUAUAUUUAAAUUACAAAAAAUCAUGUCAUGCAAUUUACAGACCAGACCAGACCAGACCAGGUAAUUGAUAGACAGCUGUAACCGAAAAGAAAAGCUGUUGUUGUUGUUCAACAGGAACAGGAGUUAAAUAAGAUGUGAUAAGGUUUGCACCCACUAGAGCCAUCAUGACACCUAUUAAUUGAAUACUCGCAUUAAUUCCAUUUUUCACAAGUCUCACUAUCAUAUUCUUAUUCCGUGGAACGUGUGUUGGCAUUAGAUCGUUAAUAUUCAUUAUAUCUUGAAAAAAAUCGUUUACGCGAUGUAGAUCUUCCGGGUCGAUAUUGAUAGAUAUAAAUGCUUCAUUUUGAAAUAUUUGAAGCGCAAAUAUAACCGCGAAUAAACAGAAUAUUAUCAUUGACACUUUCAUUUUAAUUUCUAUAUUGUCUGAAUUUACAAAAAAGAGACGUUUGAUUCAACUCAACUCUAAACUUGAAUUAAAAAUAAUGCAGAAUUCUCAACAAAUCAGAUGCAAUUUUGUUAUUUAAAAAAAAUUAAACUCGAACACAUCUGUUGUGAUAUUGCUUCUGUUCUGUUUUCAGAGUCUUGAUAUUUAUCGCUCUUCGGUAAUCUUUAGAGCAACGAUCUUGCUCUCUACAAUUCUCGAUAGAAAUUUAUUUUUUCCAAUUCAUUUUAUCAUCGCGCUUCUCUCACCUCUCUCUCUCUCUCGCUUUGUUUCAUUAUCGAUUUUCAGCAUUCAGAUCAGAAUGCUUUACUUCGAAUAAGACCGAAUUGAGCAAAGAAAUGAUUGUUUUGUGAGCUCUGUGCAACUGUGCAUCGACAAUUGUCUAGUCCAUGGACCGUAGCCUAUAUAAUACACAUUUGGACGUAGCGUUCGCAACAAUCAAAUCACAUUUGAAGCGUCAAUUUUCUUUGCUUUACACACAUGGGCAACUUAUGGUACUUCUUUCAUGUUUCAUGCAAAUUGCAGAUUUAGAGUCUAGCAAACUUGCCAGGUAAUGACAAACACGAAGGCGGUUAUCAAACCAAACUUCCGAAACUUCUGAGGGCAGCAUUUUUAUUCUGGGGCGGCAAAAUUGCAAUGGAUUUCAUAUUUUUCUCUUCAAAAAUUUUUUUUUCGGGCGGCAUUUUGACAAUUUACCUCGUAUAGCACAAAACCUUUGCAUGCCACCGGUUUUAUUUCCAAAGAAUCAAAUAUAUUGAUGUUCACUUGACAUGAACUAUGAAAAUUGGACUAUUCAGAAAUGUUCGAGUUAAUGUACUCAUUUCACAUGAUAUGUGAAAAUAUUCCCACGCAUUCAUUUUUUAAUAUCCUCACGCAAUUUCAACGAAUCUAUCGCGAGUUUUGGCUUUACUUGGAAAAGUUAAAACUGAUUCUUUCAUUGUCUUGUUCUCAGCAGUUUCAUUGACAGCAAAGUGAAAGUGAAAGUGAACUUAAUACAAAAAUGAGUGAAAUAAUUAAAAAAAUUGAAUUUUUCCAUAGUUUAGAAUUGAAUCCUGUUUCAGAAAUAGAGUAUCAAAGAUGGAAAAUAGAAAAAAUAGAAAAGCAGCAACCAUGUCGGCGUGUAUUAAGACCUCGUAAAAAGAAAAAACAAUGCUGCCAAAUGUGUGAUUUUUAAAUUAAUUUUUUGAUUUGCAAGUUCAUAGAGUUCAUAGAGUUCAUAGUUUGAUUUUUUCUUGGAAUUAUGUUCGGUUAUCAUACAUGAAUUGUGAUUAUUUUUAUUUCUCAGUCCCUCGGUAACAUAUAUAUAAAGCGGUUAAACAAAUCAAAAACACUUUGAUUCAAUGUGCAGUUAGUUUCAAUUUGUUGUCGCUCUUGAUCAUUCGUGUUCGUGUUUUUAAGACUCAUUUCAAAAUUGUGCUUGUGCUUCUAAAAAUGUAUAAAUCGUUUGUGUCGAUUUUAAAUUUGGUUAAAGUUGAAAGCUUAACCACAUCAGAUUUUUUUUUUAUUAUAAACACAAAAUUCACACCUAUUCUGUUAUUGUUUUUCGCAACAUUGUUGACAACAAUGGACAUACUACGAACAUCGAUUGAUUGUUAUCCUGAUUCGAGCGGAAAUGGACGGAAGGCGAUUAUGGAUAAUUUUUGCUGGUCCUUCGGAACAUACACAUGCAAAAACCAAACAAACAACUGCUUCAACCCAUCGGAAGAGAAUAAAGUGUAUCAACGAUACUACCAAUGGAUUUCUCUGUUGUUUGUUCUGGGAGCAUGUGUGUUGCAUACACCAGCCUAUCUGUGGACACAACUUGAAGGAGGAUUAAUGCAUAAGAUAUGCACUGAAAUUGAUGAAAUAGAUUCAACCUUUAAAGAGGAAACAUGGAAUCGCAAGAAGAAACAGAUCAUGGCAUAUUUUCGCAGCAAAUAUGUAGAUCGUUUACACAUGAAGUAUGUGCAAUAUUUCAUUGCACUCAACAUACUUUGCAGUGUUUUAAUCCUCCUCAAUAUUAUGACAUUGAACAUCAUCAUACCAGGAUUUUGGAAUCACUACCAUCAGGCGAUUUUGGCUCUGGUGACAGGGGACUCAAAAAUGUGGAUGUUCCACAGUGAACUUAUAUUUCCGAGAUUAGCAAAAUGUUCUUUCGAACCUUAUGGUCCAUCCGGUUCGAAUCAACAAUUAGAUGCACUUUGUUUACUAUCAUUAAAUGUAGUAAACCAAAAAAUAUUUAUUAUUGUAUGGAUAUGGUACAUUCUUCAAAUGACCAUAUCCAUUUUGAAUUUACUUCAUUGGAUUUUAAUAACAACUAGUAAAAAAGCACGUAUUUAUAUUUUAUGUGAAAAAACUAUGAAAAGUAUUUCACAUAAAGUAAUAUUAGAUGCUUCAUGCGAAGCACAUUUAGGACAUUUCUUUGUGCUAAAUCAAAUUGCUAGGAAUACUAGCCCAGACACAUUUGUUGAAUUGAUGUCUGAAUUAGCAAAUCAAAAUGUCAAUAUGGAUGAUUUGGAUGAAACGACUUAAACAACAACAACAAAAAUAACAGGCACGCUACUGAACUAAAAGGUCUAUCUCCGUAUCAACCAAAAAAAUGUAAUUGUCAUUGUCACUCACCCUCACCCUCACACUUGCAAAUGCAAUUUAAAAUAAAAAACUAGACAAUUCAAUUUAUUCUUGUUUCACAAAUUUUAUUUAAGAAUUUCUAUUUCAAAUAUACAUGUUUCAAAACAAAACCAGAAUUGUUUUUUUUUAUUUGGUAGUUCCAAAGGGAUUUCUUAUAUCAUCAGAUUCUGUUUGAGUUGGAUGGGUUGUAGUUGUAGUUGUAUCUAUUUGAUUCAUAGGAAAUGAAACAUGUCGAGCUCCUAAUCCACCAACAGCAGCACCGAUAGCAGAUCCAACAAAUGCAGCCGAUCCAUAUUGAAGCGCUAUGUUUCUCAUUCGGGCAAAUACUCCAUGUCUUCUUGGAUCCAACCGCUCACCAUGUGUCUCAGCGAUCGGAUCAAUCAAAGCUGCAGAACCACCAAAACGAACGUUCUUUGUCGAUUCUCUUUCCAUGAAAGGUUUCUCUUGACGAUGAUGAUGAAAAUCCGUCUCUGGUUGAAUCGCUGAUGAUGUACUUGCUAUUGGUUCCAAUGAUUCAAGUUCAAUGUUGCGCAAUCCUCCCAUAGAUUGUGUUCUUCUAACUUUAACAACAGUCGAUGAUGAUAAUGUUGAUUCGACUUCAAUGAUUUGCAGAAUUACGAUGGUAAUAAGCACAAGUGUAAAUAUACACUUUAGUACCAUAUUUAUAACACAAAAAUAAAUUUCACAAUGUUACACUUUUUAACAAACCGAAAAUGCGAUGAUGUGCUGAUCAAAAUGCAACUGAUUGUUGAAAUUCAAAUUGAACCGAUUUCCAUUUAUAUUAUUAUUUCUAGGUCACGCAACUCAUUUAGAAUUGUUUUUAUCUGCUGCAUGCGUGCCUUAUCAUCAAACUUGUGUGAUGAUGCUAAUACUAGUAUUCUUAAAAUAGCACAAAGCGUAUUCGGGUCAUGUUUUUGAUGCUGCUGUUGUUGUUGUUGUUGUUCAAUUGAUGUAGAAUGAGUUUUAUAUUCAUUCCCGGUUGUUAUCAUGAGAGGUUUCAUUGCAUGAUUCAAAUCAUCUUCAUUUUCAAGACGAUUCGUAUAUGCUUUUUUAAAUUUAUUUCUGAUAACAUUUCGCGUCACAGUUAAUUUUGACUUACUAUCCUGAUUCAUUAUUCUCGAUUGAUUUUAUCAAUAUUCUCUUAUUCAAUUUAUUUAAAAAUAAAUUCGCGUAUCCGUAUCCACAACUCUUUAUAUAUGAAUUUGCAGAUAUUCAUUGAAAUUUUUUCGAUAGCGACCAGAGUUAUUUUCAUUUUCGGGAGAAAUACAAACGAAACCAAAAGGUGCGCGCCAGCAUUCCAAACAAAGCUCUCGAAAUUGCUCAAACUUCAUAUCAGCAUUUACACCGAAAUCAUUGUAAACAUGCUUUAAAUUAAGGUCAUCUUGUCUGAAUAGAAUGACGAAAUUGCAAUUAUCUCGAAUAAGAUGCUUGUUAAGUUUAGUGUAACUCUGAACGAUGUAAAUCACAUCGAGGUCACGAUGUCGUCCGAGUGUGAAAAUAUCACGCACCGUUGUUUUAUUUAUGUCAUGAUCAUUAAUCACAUCAUCAAAUACAAUGAGAGAAUUUUUUUUCAUCUGAUUAGUUUCGAUGACAUUUUCAGAUGCGGUGAAAGUAUAGCAACCAAUCUCUUUAAUCGAUCGCAACAUUUCACACAAGUAUUUGUAUUUACUUUGAUCUAAUGUUUUACUAUACAAGUAUAAAUUCUCAAAUUUCAAUCCAUGUUCGCUCUCAAUCAAACUGAUGAGAACAUUCGUUUUACCUCCGCCAGAGGGUCCUAAGGAAUAGUAAUACAUCAAAUAAAUAUGUGUGGUAUUUUGUUUACUAUACUACCUACUACUACAACUAACCUGCUAUGAUGCAACGUAAAUUGUUCGGGAAAAGUUCACUAUGACGCUUCGUUUUAGAUGAUUUUAGAGAUGUGCGUUCAUCCAUAUUCACAAUGGGAAUAUCGAUUGGUUGUUUAGUGAAACGCAUCUUGAUGAUGAAUGAACGCUUUUUAUAUAAAAGACGACAAUUUAUUUUAAACUUUAACACUCUUAUCGAAAGAACUCUGAAAAAAUGUCGUCUAACAACAAAUUAGGUUUCAUCGAUCGUAUGCUAGAAAAGCUUCCUGAAAUACACAUUAGAGGUUACAAUUACUGCGGACCGAAUACCAAUUUGACUGCUCAUUUCACGCACAAUGACGUUGGUAUAAACAAAUUAGAUUGUGCAUGCAUGGAGCAUGACAUAGCUUAUGCAGAGAGCAAAGAUCUAAAUUCCCGAUGUAUAGCAGAUAAAGUACUAAUAUUGAGCGCAAUUAGACGUAUAUAUGCGAAAGAUUCGCAAAUCGGUGAACGCUUCGUUGCUUUACUUAUAUCAUGGUUAAUUAGUGUUAAAUUAUUUCUUUGCAAAAUAGAAUUGGGUAUCGAUUGUGUUCGAUUGUAUUUUGGGAAGAAAUUCCCGAACAAAAAACAAGGCGAAAACAUAUAAAGAUAAAUGUCUCAUGUUAAUAACAGUUCAGUUGUUGCUAUGACAUCGUUGCAUACAAUUACUUUUUCCAAUACCUCAUCUGUGCUUCAAUGUUAUUUUUUACCUGAAAUCAUACUCGAUGAGGGUUAUGAUUAUAGCUGCGCGUUUCUCGAUUUAAUUAUCAAAACCAAAGACAAUGCGGGUUUGACAAAAAUUGCUGAAUCAGAUGUUGUACGCAUUAAUUGUGAUAUAAUUUCUGGUUCGUAUAUAAAUGGGGAGCGACGACAUACAAUUCAUCAGUUUGCUACUAGUACAUCGUAUAUGAAAGGUCAAAUACUGGUGGAUAGUCCGAAAAAUCUCAACUAUUUUCCGAUUAAAUCCAAAAAUUUGCACUCCAUUCAGAUUUCCAUUGUUGAUAUCAACAAUAAAUUGUUAGAUGUUCACAAUGCUGAUGUCAUCUGUCGAAUAAAUAUCCAGAGAGAACCAACAUCAUCUAAAAAAAGUACUUUAACAUGUUAAUCUACCAUCACCGCCAUAGCACUGACACUAAUCCGAAUAUGAACUCGAAAGGUUUAACAAGUGAAAAAAAAAGUAGGAAAAAAGCUCAUAAAAGUGGAAGAAAAAGCAUGAAAAAAACCUAUAAAAAUGCACGUAAAGGAAAAAAGUCUCCUUAUUCGAAGGGAAGCAUUGUGGGAGAAGGAUCAAAAAAAUCAAAAGUACCAAGAAAAAAGAAACAAA